CCUGCUCCUUCCUCCUCAUCCCGCGGCAGCGCGGGCGGCCAUGGCGCGGCGCGGCCGGCGGCGGCGGCGGGGGGCGGCGGCGGCGGGGACCCGCGGCAAGAAACAGGUACCCAAGGAUGUGGCCAACAUUUUUAAUGCCCCCAGUGACAGUGAAGAUUUUCCAGGAUUCCAGGAAGAUGAUGCUUCCAAACAGAGUUUCUUCUCAGAGAACAACUGUGCUAGUUUUGAUUUCCCAGAGUCUGGAAAAGAGGGGCUCCGGUUUCAGUCCAGAUACCUCACUGAAGAGCUGCGGAGGAUUUUCACUGAGGACACUGACUCUGAAACAGAAGUGUUUGAGGGAUUUGCUUCAAACGAGGUGCAUGUGAACAAGAAAGAAGUUCUGGUGGUGGAGUCAGACUUGAGUGAUGAAGAAUGCGAUAAUUUGUUGGGUAAUGAGAAAGAAGAGGGGGAAGAGGUGAAGAAGGUUUCCCCCAAGAGAAGAAGCAUUGGCCUUCGUGUUGCUUUACAGUUUCCAACUAGGAAGUCAUCUGAGAAAAAAGUGCCUGAACAGGCUUUGUCUGAUUUACCUCUAAAGGACAAUGAAUCCCUCACACCUCUUUCAAAAGAAAUAAGCCUCAAGGGAUCGGACAAAGUAGAGGGCUCUGCUUCAGAGUCUGAAGAAGACAUUAAAGAAACACAGGAGGAAAGUUCCAGUGCACUGCUUAAGAGAGCCAUAAAUAUUAAAGAAAAUAAAGCCAUGCUUGCCCAACUGCUGGCAGAACUGAAUUCCAUACCGGACCUGUUCCCAGUGAAAACGCCCGCCUCGACUCCUUCAAAACAGAGGAAAACCCCAAGGAGGACAUUUUCUGAAGGCCAAAUAGCACGUCGAAUGAACCCAACCAGAAAUGCUCGUCCACCAGAAAAAUUUGCCUUGGAAAAAUUUACUGUGUCGGCUGUCAAAUUUGCAGAACACAUCCGUAACUACAGACAACAAAACCUCUUGAAGAGACUCAGUGUGCAGGGGGAUUGUGGAGUGCGCAAAAGAAGGAGAUCAUCUAAAUAUUCGUCUCAUCGUCCGGUAGAAGACAUAACUGAAGAGGACUUGGACAACAUUGCAGUCACUGUUAGAGACAAAAUCUAUGACAAAGUUCUAGGUAGUACUUGCCAUCAGUGUCGACAGAAGACAACCGAUACAAAGACAAUCUGUCGCAACCAGGGCUGUGGAGGAGUAAGGGGGCAGUUCUGUGGACCAUGUCUUCGAAAUCGAUACGGUGAAGAUGUGAAGUCAGCUCUGCUUGAUCCAGCCUGGAUCUGUCCUCCUUGUCGCGGAGUAUGCAACUGCAGCUACUGCCGCCGGCGGGAUGGGCGCUGUGCCACCGGCAUGCUCAUCCACCUGGCCAAGUUCUAUGGCUACAACAAUGUCAAGGAGUACCUGGAAAGUUUACAAAAACAACUGGCAAAUGACAAUUGAGAACACUGAACUCAAGCUGUGCCUGCAACUGGUCAAUAUGUUAACAAUUUGACUUCAGAAGUUUAUUACUAUGUUUUAUAUAAAAUAGAAUUGUAGUGUAUAGCAUAUUCAUUUCUGUAUUGGGAAUUUUUUGAUUGAUAUGGUCUUAUGCAAAAGAUCUCAGGAAAAUAUUUUGGUAGAGAAAUCUACGUGCACAGACCUAUAUGUUAAGUGAAAUGGCACUCUUGAGCUUUGAGUGGUUAAUUUUUAAUAGAGCUUAACAACCACAUGAUGGAGAGCUUGGUCAAAAUGAGCAACAUUUUUAUUUAUAUAAUUGUGCAAGUUUGCAGAGAGGAUGUUUAACAACUACCUUCAAAGCAUCCCGUCUUCAAAGAAACAAAACACCCUUGUCUACCAGCUCAACCAUAAAGAUCCAUUUUUCCAGCUCAGCUUUCUGAACCUGUUCCACCACCUGUAUUUUGUAGAACUUGUCCUUGCAAACAAGGAAAAGGUACUUUCAUGUGAAUGCCAUUAUAUUCCAGCCAAAGCUGAUACAAUCAACUAGUGGGAGGAUUUUUUUUAAAUUCUAUUCCAAAGUGCAAUUAUUCACCAAAACAUGAAAAUUGAAGAGUGUUUAAAAAAAAUAAAUAUCCCAGUAAAAAACAAAACAACAAAACUUCUCACCAGCAGUUUUUGUGUAGUACACCUGCUGCCUGAACCAUCUGCCCAGCUGUUGUAACUGGUCUAUAUCAGAGUUCAGGAUUAAUUUUCCUACUUAUUCUUAGCUAUUUUUUCAUUUGUACAACCAGGCUUUCAAACAACUUCUUUUAAAUGCAAAAUAUUUGUAUUGCAUGUUAAAGUAUGUUAAAAUUUGUGUAAGAUAUACAUUUCAUUUUAUGUAGAGAGAAUAAAGACUGAUCUAAAAAGGAGUAUUUUGUGAUUCAAACUACACCCUGAUGCUGAUGUUUCCCAUUUACUUUCCCAUAGCAGGUGUAAUGGUGCUUGGAGAUCAAUAAUCAUUAUGUGGAGAAACACAUGAGCACAACAUUGACUGAUGAGGAAAUAACAACAUAGACCACAUAAGUGUUACAUUAAGGAUUGUGGUUUUGUGAGACAAAUCUCUUGCUCCAGCUGACUGUGAAAAAUGCUUAUCUCCUUUUACUAUCAGGCAGAUUGAGAAAGCAGCAUGUUUUAUUGAAAGCUUAGUAUGAAACUGCCAGGAGUAAAGCUAUUCCUGCCAGAACCCAUUUACCUGACUUCUUGAUUUUCAGCUUGAAAGUCAAAACAUAAGUUGUCUUCCUGCUUUUUUUUUUUAUAAGCUAGACAUUCAUAGUUUCCCUUUGAUCCAUGGAAUAGCCUUUAAAAAAAUGUCUGGCAUUGCUGAAGUCAGUUCCUGAACCAUGCUUCUGCUCUGGGCCCCACAGGAUGUCCUGUGUGGUGCCUGCAGUAAUAGUAGAAUUCUUUUGAGUAGCACCUGCUUUACCUGAUGUUCUGCACCAGAAUAAUUUGUGUUUAAACAGUUGCUAAAUAGUUAAGGCUACAUUUGAACAUGCAGAUGUAGUGUAGACUUUAGAUUUGGUUGAUUUAGGUUUAGAUUUUGUUGGCCUGCUGUGCAUCAUCUCUGUACAAGUGCAGAUAUUAGUACAUGACAUCUGUCUGGACUGUACUUGCAGGUUCAUCAACAUGCUCUUUUGCUAACCCCAGAGGCUGUAGGGAUAGGAAAUUUUUUGAAUGCAAACACCAACA